AUUUGUUUUGAUUUUCAUGUCAAUAUUCAUACAGUUAGCUGCACUGGUAUUAUACUGGCUAGUUAAACAAAAUAAUUUGUCUCUUUUGUGCAUAAUUACCGUGAUUUCAUUACAUAUAGAUACCAACUUUCAAUGUUUGUCUGCCAAAACAGUCCUAGUGAUGAUACAAUAAUUGAAAUUAAUAUCGAACAACAUGUGGUGUGUAUGUGUGUGUUUAUCAUUCGCAGGAAAUGAUUGGCGCGAUAAGAAAUACCCUACACAGGAAAAAUAGCAUCUGAAUUCUCGGAUAGACGGCUAAUGAAUUCCUAGCAAAGGUCUAUAAUGGCUAGUAGCAAUGUACCGACAGGACUUCUAGACGUUAAGAAUAUGGACUUAAAUGAUUCAGAUACAGAAAUAUCGUCAAUAGUAAUGGAUUGCAUACUUAUGGAAAACGUUCCCGUGCAAUGGUCGGAUGUCGCUGGAUUAGGAGAUGCAAAGGAAGCGCUGACAGAAGCUGUAAUUCUACCAAUCCAGUUUUCACAUUUGCACACGGAAGAACAAAUUCCUUGCAGAAGAGUUUUGUUAAUUGAUCCUCCUGGUACUGGUAAAACGUACUUGGCCAAAGCUGUUGCGUCGCAAGCGAGUAAUGCAUCGUUUUUCUUUAUAGCGAGUUCAGAUUUAGUAUCUAGAUGGAUGGGGAAAUCUGAAAAGUUGAUAAGGAGUGUUUUUGAAUUGGCCCUAGCUCGUCAACCCAGUAUAAUCUGCAUCGAUGAUGUAGACAUGCUAUGCUUGUCCAGAUUAGACAACGAAAACGUGCGUAAAAUCAAAAACGAACUCUUGAUUUCAAUUCAGGAAGUGGGUGGCAACGAAAUAUUCGUGAUUGGAGCGACUAAUGCUCCCUGGCUUUUAGACGCCGAUAUAAGGACAUGCUUUGAAAAAUGCAUCCGCGUCCCACUGCCCGAAGAAAACGCCCGAUUGAUGAUUCUCAAGCAACAUCUGGGCAACAUGUCCGGCAAACUCACGGAGGAAUGUAUUCGAACCGUGGCCAACAAUACGAAAGACUACUCAGGAGCGGAUAUUGUCUUGGUGGCCCGCGAUGCCCUGAUGCAACCCGUCCGGAAAAUUCAAUCGUCGACGCAUUUCAGGAAAAUUUCUAGCAUGUGUGCUGGCAAUGAGGAAACGAUUCCUGAAGAUUUCCUGGUGCCGUGUAGCCCUGGUGAUGUCGGGGCCAUCAAGAUGAGUUGGAUGGAAGUACCCAGUGAAAAGCUGUACGUGGCACCAGUUACGACAGAAAACAUUCUGGAGUCACUGUCUACCACCAAACCUUCUAUCGACGAAGAUUAUAUGAAAAAACUGGACAAAUUUAUGGAAGUUUACGGACAGAGUUCCCUAGAACACUAGGGAAGUGUUGUGUGAGCCUUUCAUUUCGUCGCACCAAUUACGGAUUGAGUAAUGCUUUUCAUGGUCUGCAACGUGUUUUUGAUCGAGUGGCGUUGAUCUUCGAUUGUCACUUGAUCCUACUAAAUGUGCUUCGCUGAAGAUUUUCUGCUGGUCGGAGGAACUGGAGAUAUAUUUUAUGUUAACAAUGUUCACAUCAUUUUUUAAGUUUCGUUUAUUUUGUGUUUUGCCAAAUAUAUUAGUCGUCUCGUGUCACGUCACGUGAGAUGACUCGACUAACCCGGUUCGCAGAAUCGCCUGAUUAUAUGCAAAAAAUAAACUGAAAUCCUAACAAAAAAUAAUGGUAAAACUAUGAAAUUUAAGCGUAAUGAAAUUGAGAACCCUCUGUGUUAGUAUUUUUUAAACAUUGUUAUUGUUUAAACAUUGUUAUUAACAUAUGUUAUUGUUCCUAAUAAAUAUUUUGACGGGGUGAUGAGA